AUGUAUCAGUUGGAAUCUCUAGUCUCUAGAAUUCAAGACAGAAACCGUGACCCCAAGAUGCCUACUGGUUUCAUAAAACUACGCACUGACCAAUUCGGUCCUAAGCUGGAGAAAUCAACUAUGACGAGUGAGGCAUAUAAGGAGGCAGUGUUGGAGGCCAAAGAACAUAUCUUGGCUGGGGACAUAUUUCAGAUAGUUCUUAGUCAGAGGUUUGAAAGGAGAACAUUUGCGGACCCAUUUGAGAUAUAUAGAGCUCUUAGGAUUGUUAAUCCAAGUCCCUACAUGGCUUAUUUACAGGUCAGAGGAUGCAUAUUAGUUGCUUCCAGUCCAGAAAUUUUGUUACGUUCCAAACAUAGGAAAAUUACCAACCGCCCCCUUGCUGGAACUGUAAGACGAGGGAAGACACCCAAAGAAGACCUAAUGCUGGAAAAAGAGCUCUUAAGCGAUGAAAAACAGUGCGCAGAGCAUAUCAUGCUUGUUGAUUUGGGAAGGAACGAUGUCGGCAAGGUUUCAAAGCCUGGUUCUGUGGAGGUUGAAAAGCUCAUGAAUAUAGAACGGUAUUCACAUGUAAUGCACAUAAGCUCCAUGGUAGAAGGCCAAUUACUCGAUGAUCUAACAAUCUGGGACGCUCUUAGAGCUGCACUUCCCGUUGGAACAGUCAGUGGAGCCCCAAAGGUGAAAGCAAUGGAGCUGAUUGAUGAACUGGAAGUAACUAGACGUGGUCCUUACAGUGGAGGCUUUGGAGGCAUUUCUUUUAAUGGAGACAUGGACAUUGCCUUGGCUCUCAGAACAAUGGUCCUCCCAACAAAUACACGUUACGACACAUUGUACUCUUACAAGCAUCCUCAGAGACGUCGAGAGUGGAUUGCUCAUAUUCAAGCUGGAGCUGGAGUUGUGGCAGACAGUAACCCUGACGAUGAACAGAGGGAGUGUGAGAACAAAGCAGCGGCUUUAGCAAGAGCCAUUGAUCUUGCUGAGUCUUCUUUUCGUGAGACACCUGCGUUACUACGCCUCGCAUCAACAACGUCUUAG